AUGAGCUAUGAGCCUACCAUGACCGGCUUGUUCCAAUUCUCAACAGUAGGAGAUCUGGAGAAUAGUGUCACCAAGUCGUCUUACAUGGCGCAGCGUUUCGUAGACGGAAGGGUUCGUGGUGCACCAGUGUUGAAUCAGAUUUUCCGGGUUUCCCCUGAAACUGGAGAGGUGAAGACUUAUCAGAUGAUUUAUAUCAGAGGACACGCAUCUCACAGGGAGAUGAAGUGUACUGACUAUAAAUCAAUAAAAAUAAUAAGUAAUAAUCGUCCACCUGUAACAACUUUUCGAUGCCUAGCUGUCAUGCCACCCAGAGGUAGCAUGAGGGUUGGGAUACUGCCAGGUCACCCAAGCCUAGACAGGAGAAGGCGAAAGGUGGAAGUCGGGGUAGAACCACGGACCUUUAGUUCAGCUCGGCUCAUGUUUGUUAACUUGAGACAUCUGUGGCGUCAAAGUGGCAUUUCCCUGAAUUUCAAGGGGUGUGCAUCACGCUACAACAUGGACUGUUUUGCUAACCAUAGCUUGUGUGUGUCGGCGUCUACAAAUCCAGAACUAGGCAGUCAGAAAAAAAUGUGCAUCGGGGACCUUAGUCAAGGAUUGUGUCCACCAUCGAAAGCUCCGGAGGUUAUCAUUGCUUUAAGUCCGACAACCCUUUCGCAAGUUCCUGAAGAAAACCGACUGCCAUCUCCACCGGAUGAUCUAUCUCAUACCUCAAUGAGCGGUGUAUGGGUAUUUGUCUGCAAAAGCUUUUGCAUUGUUGAAGUGGGCGAGACGGCUCAGUGGUCGGAGCGCGAAUUUACUGACCGGAAGGCCCGUGGUUCGAACCCGACCUUUGCCUCUCAACUCCCCCUGUCGUGGUUUAGGAAAACUGGCAGUAUUCCAGCCGUCGUUUUUCCUUCUGGUAGCAUGACAGCUAGGCACCGAAAGGGUGCUACAGUUGAACGAUUUUUUUGUUGA